AUGAAAACGUAUAUUUUCGAAUGUAACUUUCGUUUUCUGCUAACAUGGUUCUUUUUAUCGGCGUUGGCGUGGUAAUUAAAGUCCUAAACUGUUCCAAUGUUUUACACAAACUGUUCGUUCCAGUUUGAUCUACAUUUUUGUGGUCUUCGGAUCGCUGGUCAAUAAAACUGUUUUGCCCAGCAAUAAUGUUCCUAAAACUAUCCCCUAUAUUACUAUUCCAUCAAAGUACGACGUGUUUUUGGAGUUUCAGUCAACUCCAGAUGCGGUUAACAGAGUGAGUUUGAACAAACUUGAUAAUAAUUUUGUUUUCCGGAUUGUGACAGCUCAUUUCUAUGAAGAAAGCAACUUUCCGAGUAAAAAAUCUCAAAAACUGGUUAUUUUGAAAACGAUCAUCAAGCCUGAACGAUUUUUGAAGAGUCUGGUAUUGUAUUGUUUCAGGAAUACACUGGAAGUCUUCAAAUGAACUUUGUUGCUCGAGAUCUCACCCAACAACUGUUUUUCCAUAGGGGCAAUGAUGUGAAAAUCAACGCUAUAACCCUUGAGGACUCAAACGGAACUUUGAGUACUCCGGCCGCAGGUGCUUAUGACAAAUCUGUGAGUAACAAUUUUUUAUGUUCUGCAACUCGGACCGUCUUUCUUUCUGCUGCCCUCAGCGAACAUACAAAAAGACUGACGGACAGGCGCCUCUUGUGUUUUAUAUAUAAGAAAGAUGUUUGUUUUCAGACCGAAGUUCAAGCAUAUAUACCGAUCACAAAUUUGACCGCGGAUGGCAAUUACAUUCUCCGAAUUGACUUUGAAGGCAGUUUGGACUCUGAAAUCAGCGGUCUCACUCAUUUGAGUUAUUCCCUCUCAAAUGGAACCACUAGGUAGGAUGAAUAGGCAACCAGAAACCUUUGAAUGGAAUUCAUUAACUUAAAGGUAUGCAAUUGUGUUUGGACAUGACAUCACCGACUCAUCUGGUCUUCGAUAUUUGAUGCCUUGUCUUGACUCUCCGGACUUUCCAGCCGUUUUUAAUUUCAACAUUCGUCACUCUCCAAGGUAUCGGGUUCUGUCCAACUUUGGCGGACAAAUUCAACAGUGAGAUUAUGACAACCCUAUUCAAUCGAAACUUUACCGGUUUUCUUAGGUCAUCUCGCUACACGGCCACACUUUUCAACGCAACUUUCGACCUGGAUUCAUCCCAAGUCGCGAUUGCACUGAUCGACAUGGAAAUGACAGCAGUUACAGUGCAACAAAGCGGAUUGACUGUAAGCUGACCGGACGGAUUCCUUUUCACAUUUUCGACCCUCUAUUCCAGAUAAACAAGUACUACCGGCAAUCUGUGGUGAACAAUAUUUUGACGGACCGAAUAAUUCAGUUUAUGGCAGCCAAGACGGCGCAAAUUGGCAAAAUCGGUAGCUUUAAAGAGGGAAGAGUGUGACCAGAGAUCACAACAGAAUUUUCAGACGUGUUGGCGUUGCCUGGUCUCACUGGAAUUCAGCAACCGGGAAUUACGUUCUAUGACGAAAAUGAUGUUUUGAGAGAGAAUUUGGAUCUUGGUUCUAUUGUUUCUAAGUAA